UCGCAAAAGAGAUUAAUAUCACCGUCAAAACAAAGUCUAUCGCAAAACUGUAAUACAGUAGAAUAAUACAUACAAAGUACCAAUAAAAAUGGAUUAUAGUUAUUUUCAUGAGGAGGUCAAAUGAACAAGAUUAAAAAGUAAUGGGCCCAGCCUAAAGAAGAAAAAAAUGAACGUCCUUCAUGCUGCGAUCGUUUCUAGGGACUGUGUGUGAGUGAUUGCGAAUCCUCUUUGUAUUACUGGAAGAUAUAAUAGCAUAUCCUUCUCUUAAGAAUCUCGUCGACUAGUCUACUAUCAUUAGUUCUUCUUACCGGUUAGUGAAAAAGUGUGAAUGGGGUAGAAAAUAUGUAGAAGACCUAGAAGAGAAAGCAAAUGGUCAAACAGUGAAUCGCAGAGAGGGAAGGAUGCUCCUGGGGCAUUGAGAAACUGUAUGUUAUCUGAAACCCCCCAGAAAAAGGGAGAGUAAACGAGUGAGUUACAUUCUCGUGUGUGUUCACAAAGCCCUUGUCCCACUCGUUCUUGUCCCAUGUGUCGUUCUCUCAGAACACUGCUGAUGAGAAGAGCAACAAUAAUGCAAUUCUAACAUUACUACAUCAUACACUGGUGAAGUAGAAUCGUGUAAUGUAGCAAACUAAAAAAAAGGACAAACUAAUAAUGGCCUUUGAAUGAGUAUGGAUGAUUUAGGGAAAAUGAAAAAAUGUAUUAAAACAUGUAGAAAUGCAACCAGUCGGUUGAGAUAAUGUGGAGAUACAGGCACUUAGGUAAGAGAAUGUGGAGAUACAGCCAAUUGGCUGAGAUUAUGUAGAAAUUCAGUCAACUGACCAAAAAAUGUAGGUAAAGCCAAUUGGCUGAGGCAUUGUAGAAGUACAGCCAAUUGGCUAAGAUAAUGUAGAGAUACAGCCAUUUAUCUUAAUUAGAGACAUGGCCAGUUGGCUAACAUAACGUAGCUACAGCCAAGCGACUGAGAAACUGUAAAGAUACAGUCCACUGGCUACGAGAAACAAAUCAUUAUUGAUAAGUAUAUUUAGUACAUACGUAGAGAAGUACUGUAUAGGUCCCAAUUGUAAUAUUUAAUCUAACAAAUUUCAACCGAGAUAUUAUUAGAGAGUACACAUGUGCUACAGGGAUGAAUGAUAUUACUUCAAGUGAGGUACAGCAGUACUCUGCAAUACACAUUUGUGAUCAAUUAUAGGGUUAAGAGUCUAUAUUAAGUUGAUAGAUUUUUAACCUAUGAGGCAUAUAUAUAUAUAGUGAGACAAGAGCAUAGGAAAUCCAGGCCGAGAUUGUAAGGAAUCUCUAAGCAAGAUCAACAGCAUCCGGCUCCUCGUGACAUCUCAUUUUUUUUCCACUUAAGAAAUCCAUCUUGAGUUUGUUGAGUGCAGUUUGGUUACUACACCUCGCAGUAGUUAUGUUAAGUGUUGAAGGGCAAGACUUGCCCACAAAUAUGGUAAAAAAAAAAAGCGCUAUGUUUAGAGCGAACUUUCAUUAAGAGACGACGGUUUUGCUCUAGGAAGAGCUGUAUCGCUAAUGACUUAGUAAUACUUUACUAAAGCUGUAUUAAGUCAGUGACUUGGUAACAUUCAGAGCUGUAUCAAGUUACUGACUUGAUAAUGAUCUGAUAAAGCUCUACUUAGAGCGAAACGUAGCAUGCAAAUAAAAGUCUGCUUUGCACUCAGUCGUUUUACCAUAGUUACGCAAGGAGAUAAACUCUGUUAACUCCAUCCAUUUUUUUUAGUUGUGUUCUCAAGCAUCAUGGGAGCAUCACAUUCAGUGGUUCAAACUAUGAUUGUUCAGACUCUGCUCUGUCUGCACUCCGGAAGUGUCUCGUUAUUAUUCUAAGAUAAACGCUGACGAUAUUCAAAUUGAAAUUUUUAAGUUGCAUAUGUUCGUCAACCUUUCUGUCUCUAAAGAUUCUUUCAUGGUCGCAUACUGAUGGAGACUGUACAAGUUAGUGACCCACGGUUCUUGAAUUAAUAAGAGACACCUGGAGAGCAGACACGCCUCUGUGAUCAAUCGGCUGUUGUCUCUUGCAUAAGAUCCAUUUCAAGAAUUGAGGCCUUUAUGCUGCAAUUAAUUUGUUCUGGUUAGGGAAAGGUAUAUCUGAUGAUAUGUAGGUUGAUAAAUGUACUCUAAGAGUCGUCCAGAUGAGUGCUGGCAACUCGUCCCUGUGGAAAAUUGUUCUGCAGGUUCGACACGCGUGGCCGACUUCUAUGGAAAAGGAAUUGAUGUGAAGGUUCACCUGCACAGGUCACGUGAAUGUGCUGUUGGCAUCAAAUGAAGGUAGCUUCUCUACAUCGCGCGAAACAAAACGGUCUUACUUGGUUCUUAAACUUAAACAUACCGAAGUAGGACCACAAACACCUGCAUGUGUCAGAUGAGCUAAGAUAAUCGAAGCCACUUCCUUCAGAAACGAGAAUACAUGAUAGAAAACAAGGUAGUCGAGAAAUUUUAAGAUAUAUAUUAUACACGCUACUUUCUUUAGAGCUGAUGUGGUUCAUAACGUUAUCACAGUAAUACUAUGAUGAUCUCACAUCGAGUAUUCCUAAGCAGAACAAGUUAGUCUACAGUAUGCUAAGAUAAGUUAGAAAAGGUUAGAUAAGAUGCCAGAUUUAUUGAUGGCUUCUUGACGCUCGUUACAACUGCAUUCCACACACACAACCAUCGAUUUCAAUUUUCCAGCCCAUCAGAAUCUUUAUAUUGCGCGAUAUAUACGGAUCUCGCCCUAACCAUUAGCAAUAUCUCUGGUCGUAUUUUAUGAUGAUUUCAAACGUGUUAAUAAACAAUUGACUAAUCACCAGAAUUCCAUAGUUGUGUUGGAAACUUCAGCUGCAGCGAGCAAAGCCAAACAGAAACAGUAGGUCAAAAGUCAUCCACAAACUAACAAUUAGUAUUUAACUUACGAGGCAGAACCAAAGCGACACCAGAAGAGCUUGCUGGCUGGCAGCGAGCGGGUCAUUCAAGUAGCAAGAAUCCUGAGGAUUUACGGGUUUAUACUAUAGCGACGUUGUCAGUCCCACCUGAUGACAGCACCAUUCAUCACAACAUUGUUUACAUUGGACACAAGUUACAGUGCUACGUCUCCCUUUGGUUUGUGUAGUUUAGGUCAUGCGGAUAUAUGUUUAGCACCUACAUCCAUAAAAUUUCCUCAGGUUUUUGUAUGACUCGUUAAAUGAGGUGAUUCUUUUUUUUUAAUUUAAGAUGUAGCAUCGCCUUUCUUCUUACUCAAAAUUCAGCUAAGCAUAAAAAAAAGAGCGCCUUCAAAUGCGGCAUCUAGAAGGUAGAGAAUUAGUUAAAGUAGCGAAGGGUGUAGUUUGUGAAGUGUAGAAUUUAUAGUGAGGUCUCAAAUGCACUAGUAAGAGUAGAGCAGUGACGGGUGUAUAGUAGUGUAGUACACAGUGAGGCCUCAACCAAGGACACUGCGAGUUAACAGCAGUGAAGUGUGUAGCAUGUGUAGUGCUGUACUUAUAGAAAGGCCUCAAUCAAGAUCAUUAGUGAGGUAACUGCCAUAUAUUUCAGCUGCAUCAAGAAAGAGGUGAAGUUGGAACACAAUGAGUAGCGAGGUGACUCAGGUGAGCCACCACAGACAGGAGCUGCCUGAGGGUGAGGUGACGGGGGCUCAGCACCAUGAGACGACACUCGUCAGCAGCACCGUCAGCAGCGCAGGAAGCAACUCCGUCAGCAAUAACGUCAGCGUCGCCGUCGGUACAGAGGACCUUAACUCUGAUGAUGGCUCUGUCUCGGAUGCAGAUUCUCAAGGAGGAGGAGCGCAGCCGUCCAGCUCACGGGCUAGCCCAGACUCUGAACUCUCAGGCAGCAAGAACACCAAAACAUGCAGAGUCUGCGGGGACAAAGCCAAGAGCAUGCACUUUGGAGGUCUGUCGUGCGACUCGUGUAAGGCAUUCUUCCGUCGAGCCGUCCACAACGACGCCUUCGUCAACUUCACUUGUCCCUACGAUGGCAACUGUGUCAUAAACAUUGCCUCCAGGAAGUGUUGCCAGUACUGCAGGUACAAGAAGUGUACGUUUAUUGGGAUGGAGCGCUCGUGGGUCAUGUCUGAAGAGGACCGUGCACAAAUGAUGAAACAGAGGGCUGAAAAAAGGGCCAAACUGUCAGACGAAGCGAAUAGGCGAGGCCUCAAGGAUGGCAAGAGGGAGCUUAUACCCUACGAGCCAGACCCAGACACCAUACUUGAACACAUGACUGUAGCGGAGCGAGACGAGGUAGAGCGAGCAGUGAUGAACUACAGACGGGCCUACUCCCAGGUGCCUUACCGUCAAAACCUGAAGCAGUGCAACGUAGGCCGUCCCAGUGUUCAGAUCAUCAAUAUGUUCACAACCAUCGUCAGGCGCUUCGCUUACUUUGCCCGACUCUUCCCGGAAUUCUGCGAUCUUCCUCCUCAGGACCAAGAGAACCUCCUUCGCAGUGGUAUCUUGGAGAUGUCACUGAUCCGUGGUGUGCAGAGCUUUGACACGGAGAACAACCGGUGGCCAAACACCAAACAACAGCUCUACAAGGAUGCUCCUACGCUCAACGUAGAAGACAUGAAGAAACUAGUCUCGUGCGAGCUCUACGAAAUGCACAUGAAGUUCAUCCACAGCCUAAAGGAACUGAACGUGGACGAGCCGGUGAUGAUGAUGUUGUUACUGACUGUUCUCUUCACUAGUGAUCGUCCUGGGCUGCUCGGCGCACCCACCAUCCAGGCCCUCCAAGACCACUACCUGCAGCUUCUCAGGAAGUACCUCGGGUGGCGCUAUGGCUCCCACAACGCUCCCAUCCUUUACCCUCGACUCCUCAUCAAACUCACCGACCUCAGAGAACUCAAUGAUCAACACACCGAGUACAACCUCAAACUUGCCAAGCAGGAGAUCGCUGAGAUACAAAUGCAGCUGGGACAGCUUAACCUAAACCAUUACACGGAGUGGUCGACUAUAAUGCAGCAGCAUAGCGGAUCUUGCGCCCUGUCUGCACCUUCGGGAGGAAAUGUAGGCUCUCCCACGAGCCCCGAGGGUAGUGUUCCUCCGUCAGUAGUCCCGAUGCAAGUAGGCGAAAGCCCAAAUACGUUAAUUCCCAACGAGUCUAACGUGGAAGGAAUGGCAUCAGGUGUGGCACCAGGAGAUCUGGGGGCUCAGUUUUCCUCCGGGAUUGGCAGCCUCUUGGCAUCGCUGGACUUCGAGCAGUUAGCGAGUAGCCAGACUUUCCAACGGUUGGUUAUGCAACAGUUCCAGAAAUCGAUUAUAAACGUCCUCAGCUCUCCAAACUUUGGUUUGGGUAAUCUUUUCCCUGACGGUCGUACCAUGCAGCAUCACCACCAGCAACAACAGCAGCAGUAUAAUCACCAUCUUCAACAACAACAACAGCACCCGCAACAACAUCAACACUCGCAACAACAACAGCAGCACUCGCAACAACAACAACAACAACACCCGCAACAACAGCAGCAACACCAGCAGCAUCCGCAACAACAGCAACAGCACCCGCAACAAAUGCAACAACACCAGCAGCACCCGCAACAACAGCAGCACCCGCAACAUCAUCACCAGCAACAACAACAACAACAACAACACCUACAAUUACAGCAACACACACUAACCGAUAAAUCAAAGCAAAAUUCACCAAUAAUCUCUCAACAACCAUCACAUUCCCAGACAGUAUCACCACAUUUUCUCUUACAGCAUCAAAAGCUGUCGCCUCAUUCACAAGGUCCAGAAGAGCAAGUGCCAGUGCCUCUCCAAGACUCAGACCUAAUGACACAGCUCGAUUAUCUGAGUUCUAGUCAGCCAAACAGCCCACAGAGCGUGCAGCAGUCCCAGCAUGCUUUUCACCAACUGGAGCAUCACCUUAUGAACGAUAUUAGUGGUUGUGGAAGCUUCGGAGAACAAAAUCCUUAUCAACACCAGCAGCAACUGCAGCAGCAGUAUCAGUAUCACCUACAGCAACAACAGCAUGAGCAACAAGCUCUAUUUCUUCAGCACCAGCAACAUAUGCAUCACCAGCAACUACAAGAACAGCAGCAGAUGCAGCAUCAGAGCAUGACAGGGACGGGUCUGAUCGUUCCUAAGCAAGAACCCGUAACUCCUUCUUCUCCCACUAUACACACACCUCACACCUGGGUAGAACACCCGCUGCUGUCUGAUGAUCCUCAGUGUAUCCCCCAUCAACACCAACAACACUCACCACCUCAUCAAACUUCCCCAACACUUUCCCGGCAACAGCAGCAACAACACAGUGACUCAAAUGACGAAUGUUCGCGUCAAAAACGCAAUUCGCUCUCAGACUACAGUGGGCUUACUCAUUUUCGUAAUUUACUGGAAGAGUUUGCAACAUUAAACAAUCCAGAUCACCUUCGACAAGUCAAGCAGAUACUGGGUCCUGAUCUUGUUUCAUCUCUACAUCAGAAGCUAGUCGAGUCUGAGUCAACGCUGCAGUCACGAUUCCAGUUAGCGCAACAGCAGCAGUCUCUCCCUCCAUCACCGCCACAGCCUCCACAACUCCCAUCACAAUCCCAUAUCUACUCUUCAACAGCCACUUACCAGUAUUUUUCUGGAGGGGAUUACCCUGGAGAGGUAGCAGUGAGCAGUGUCCCUACCAACGCAGGCUCACACGACAUUCAGCAUAACAUUGCAGACACAACCACCUUCUGCAGAAGUCAACAGAGAGUGUCACCACCAAUGUUGAACCUGGGGACCUCCAGCACACCUCCAUCACCACCUCACCCCGUCAGCAGCAGCUCCACCAUUGUCUACCAGUACCAGCCAGACCUAAUCCACAACGUCUCCUCAUCCACCAGAUUUACAAUUUAGCACAUUUAACUAUAAUGCAUUAUCCUGUAUAUAUCUAGUUUUCGUCUCACAUUAUGUGACCUAGCACCAAAUUUUUUUCAUUGGCUUUAUAUUUUUUUAAUUUGUGUACAUGAAAAGAAAAUGGUCUCAGCAGGCAAAUUUA